CUCAACUAGAUUUGGGAGCGCGGUUUGUUGAAAUAAGAUGUUAAAAAAUCUGAUCAAAGUAACCGAGUCUGCUGCGAAAUCUAAACAUUUUAAUUAAGUGUGCUUUGAAUGUAAUUGAGAAAUGUCUUCAAGUACGACUUUUCCCUUUAGAGAUAAAUAUAUCAGUUGUCCUCCAGAGAGUCAGCACAUGUACACUGCUGAUAUCAGGACAAAUAAAGUGCCUCUCAUCAUUGACAAUGGCUCCUAUCAAUGUAGGGCUGGCUGGGCUACAGAAGAGCAACCUCUUCUGAUUUUUAGAAACCUUGUUGCUAAGCAACGUGGUAAAAAAGAAGUGGUACAGGAGACUCGAAUUGGCCAAGACAUCUCAAACAUUGAGGUUGUACGGUGGAUGUUAAAAAGUCACUUUGAUCGAGAUGUUGUUGUGAACUAUGAUCUCCAGGAACAAGUGUUCGAUCACUUAUUCUCUCAUCUUGGUAUAGAAGGUCAAGGGUCAUUGGAUCAUCCUAUUGUGUUGACAGAAGCUGUUUGCAAUCCAAGUCAUUCAAGACAAUUAAUGAAUGAGCUGCUGUUUGAAUGUUAUCGUGUACCGUCUGUGGCAACAGGUGUUGACUCCCUCUAUAGUUUGUACAACAACAGACCAGAAUCAAUGGCAUCCGAUGGAAUCAUUCUAUCCUCUGGAUACCAGACCACUCACGUACUUCCGUUUGUUGAUGGUAAACUGGACAUUACACAAUGCAGAAGGAUCAACAUUGGUGGAGCACAGUCUGUAGCAUUCCUGCACCGCCUAAUGCAGCUAAAAUAUCACAGGCAUUUUGCUGCCAUUAAUCUUAGCCGAUCGGAGGAAAUAUUGAAGGAACACUGUUAUGUUGCUGAGGAUUUUAGUGCUGAACUGAAUCAAUGGAGUAAUCAACAGUACUACAACAAACAUGUCCACAAAAUGCAGUUGCCAUAUACUCCGCUUCCAGGUUGGUCAACCGGUGACAAGACAGAACAGAGGAAACAAAGAGUUCAGAGACUACAAGAAAUUAAUGCUAAAAGGAGGGAAGAAAAGUUGACUGCAGACCAGGAGAAGUUGCAGCUUCUGUCAGAAGCGCUUGCUGCCCUAUGCGAGGAGGAUGAAGAUGAAGAUGCCAGAUCUAAACUUCUAGAAGAAGUUGGCUUUACUAGUGAAGAGGAGAUAACACUGGCAGUAACAAAGCUGACAGCAUCCAUCCACAAAGCCAAAGAGAAGAUGUAUGCCAUUGACAGCAAGGACAAUAUGUCAGUUGAGGCUGUAGAUAACACUGAUUACGACUUGCUAGGAAUCCCAGAUAAAGAUCUCACAGCAGAGAUGCUGGAAAAGAAAAAGAGGCAACAGAUGAUGAAGAGCAUACAAGACACUCUGACACAUACCAAGAGAGGGAGGGAAGAGGUCAGGAGCAGGAUGGAGGAAGGACUGAGGCUCCUGGAGGAAAAUCGAGAAGAGGAUUUCCAGAAAUGGUUAAAUAAUAUUAAAUCACUUAAGCAGGAGAUAUUAAAUGAAAGAAGUCUACGACAUCAAAGAAAGAGCAACCAAACAAAGCGAGGGAGUGUGGAGGCCCAGGAAAGAAUGAAAAGGCUUGCUCAACUUGCACAGGAUACUAAAAAGAAAGAAGACACUUUUGGAAUGAAUGACGAAGAUUGGGAAGUUUAUAAGGAAGUGAGUCGUGAUGGUGGAGACAGUGAUUCUGAGGCUGAGCAAGAGAAGCUGUUAGAACUUGAGCAGAUACUGCAAGACUUUGACCCCAGCUAUGAAAAAGAAUCUAACCCAACAUCCAGUCAUUUUGAUUUAGCUGAAUAUUAUCAACUCCACUUAGGAACUGAGAGGAUACGAGGUCCUGAGAUCCUGUUCCAACCUUCCAUGCUGGGCUUAGAUCAAGCAGGCCUAGCUGAGACCUUAGAGUUUGUUCUCAGUAAAUAUAGCCCAGAGCUUCAGCAUAGACUAGUACAGAAUAUAUUCAUAACAGGUGGGAACGUGACUUACUCAGGAAUUGAGGACAGAAUGAAGAAAGAAUUACUAGAGAUGCGACCCUUUAAAUCGUCUUUUAAAGUUUACAAAGCUGCUGACCCAGUUCUUGAUGCUUGGCUUGGCGCAAAAAAAUGGGCAAGUGAUCCAGAUCGACUGAUUUCAGGAAGUUGUUUGCGGGCAGAAUAUGAGGAGAAAGGGGGUGACUACCUAAAGGAACACAUUGCAUCUAACAUUUUCCUACCACUUUUAAGGUGAUGCAUGCCAAAAAUGUGUGAAGUGGUCAUAAGAAAGAGAAAGACCAGCUUCUAAACUGGUAGCCACUAAGUAUGCACUGAACUCUGAAACUGUUGUUGGUUCACUGCUUCACUUUCCUGCAGUGCAUUGCAUUUUAUCUAGAAGACUGAUUGCAAUAAAAAAAAAAAUCUUGAUGGGUGAGACGUUUAUCAUAGUUUUUUGGAAAUCAAGGCCAGGAGUCAAUUAGUAAAACACUACUGUAUAUUCACCACCAACCAGCACAGUGUAACAUCCAUUGCGGCAGACUGUACCAGUAUUCCAACUAGAUGCACAAGGUACACAACUAAAAUGGCAAAUUAAAUACAGGAAAUUCUUAAUUAAUUUAAUUGGAGAAUUAGAAUAUUGGCUUGACUCUUUGCAUGGGUUUGGAUGUAUAGCUCUCACUUUUUUCUAUGUUAAAACCAUGCUGUGUAAAUAACUGCUUAAAAGAAUUCAUUUUUAAAAUGAUAUGUUCCUUUAUUUAAUUUGCAAUUUUUUUCUUAUACUAACAUCUAAUAAGCUGCAGGCACACAUUGUAUGUAGUAUGUAUGUUUAUUAACAUUUCACACUUGCACAAAGUCCAGCAAAUACUGGCAUGAGAGACUUCUACCUAGUACAAUAAAUAGGGCAUGGAAUAGCAUUUACAUGCAUAAGGACAUACAGCGUGAAUGUUCAAGGACAUGCCAGUACAAAAUGGUACUAAAAGUCUUCACAAUUUUCUAAAAUUUUGUUUGCAAAAACUUUAUAAGAUAUAUAUGCCAACAAGUCUCCCUCCAAUUAAAUACCACUUUCGAGACCAGAGUUUCCAUGGACUUUAGCAGAUUUAGUGUCUAAUUAGAAUAAUGAAAAUAAGACAAAUAAUAAAAAUAAGACAAAUUUGUUAAUAUGGGACAUCACAAAAGUGGUCUUUAAUUAGAAGACCUUUAUUCCAAAAUUGAGAUACAUUGAUGAAGUUAUUCUUAACAAUCAAGCCUUAAUUUGGCGCUGUACAUAUGGUAGAUUAAAACUUUAGUGCAAUGAGCAAUAUUUUGAUAGCUGAAUGCCUAUAUCUUAUUAUUUUAUUAAUUCAAAUGUGUUAUAUACAGUAGUCAAAAAAAUGCAGGUCCCUA